UUCUCUAUGGGAUGUGUGACUACCAUAGUUUGUCUGUUCCAGGAGCGGAGACUUCUAGUUUGUCUCUCGGAAUAAAGACUCCAAAAGCGCGAAGUGACUAGAUGGGAGACCAGGCGGAAAGCUAGGGAAUGGGAGGUAACGUGGCCUCGUGAAUAGGAAUGACUGCUCAAGUAUCAGAAUUGGAGAUCAUGGAUGAAGAUCGAUUAGUUGAGGAGGUCUUGGAUAGAUUUGUUAAUUGUCAUGAGCAAACAUAUGAAGAAUUUCUGAGCACUUUUACUCAUCUCUCAAAAGAGGAUAAUGGGACCAACAGAAGAGCAUUUGGAACUGAUUAUUCUGAGAACAUACUUACUUCAGUAAAACCUAUUUGUGAAAAUGAACCAAAGGAUCAAAAUCUUAGAAAGAGAGACAUCUUUCUUUGUACUUCAUCGCAGUGGUCAGAAGAGGAACAGAUAGUGAUAGAUGAAGGCCAAAAAGUUGGCAGUUUCUUUCAAGGUGAUCUGAAUCGGGCAGGAAAGUUGAAGGCAGACAAUUUCCUAGAUUUAGAAGAUCUGGACCUGGAUGAAGAGAUUAAGCCUCAAAUGAACGAGGCAGGUUGGCUGCUGCUUCCGGGAGAAGUGGAACAGCAAGUAAAUGCCUGUGUGCCUUCCUACAUUCCUUCCGUGGCCCAGCCUGUUACCCCUGGAGUCAAGCCAAGGCAUGCUGCAAACGGAGCAGGCAAACAAAUGGACAAGAUACUUGGAGAUGAAGUUCAGCCCUUCUCCCUUGAUGAAGAAUUUGAUUAUGACACUGUGCUGCUCACACCCAAGUUCACUCCUGCAGAGACAGAUGCCAUCAAAGAGCUAUCCAAACAAAAGAGGAAGAACAGUGACACAGGCGUAGAGGAACCCUGUGACUGAUUCUCCAAGGCAUCUUUGUGUUUAUUUUUAUUUUGUUUUUAUUCAAGCAACACUCGAAUGAAAGAUAAACCUGCUAUGA